AGAAAAGUUGCCAUGGGAUACGCGAAGCGCGGCGCCGAUCGCCGACCAGAACCGGCUGCGAAGAAGGCCAAGACAUCGGCAUACCCCGGUGCACCACCACACAUCCCGCGCCAUGCGUCGACGCAUGUGCCUGCGAUCGCAGAACCUGUCGGCCCCAUUAACAGGACGUAUGACGACUUGAUCCAGAUGACGACGGCACACCCGCUGUUUGCCUCCAAGUUUGCGCCAAACCCGAAGUGGGUGUCCACGCUCACCAUGAAGCCGAGUUCCAAGGCAAAGUACAAGAAGAUUGUAGCGAUCGAUUGCGAAAUGUGCGUGACGAUCAAUGAGACGACCAAACAGCGCAACUCGAAAGCGUUGGCGCGCGUCACCGUGAUCGACGGCGAGAACCUGGACAGCAUCCUCGUGGACCUGAUUGUCCACCAGCCUCCGCCAGGACACGUCGUGUUCAGCUACAAGACCCACAUCCAUGGCAUCAAGGAAGUCACGAUCACGGCGUCGACUAUCUCGGAGGAGCGCGCGCGAAAGGAAGUGCUCAAACACGUCGGCCCCGACACCAUCGUGGUCGGCCAUAGCGUGUACGGGGACUUGGCGAGUCUGGGCAUUCAUCACAACCGUGUGAUCGACACGUCGUUCUUGUACACGCGCAAAAACGUGCACGAAAAGUACAAGAUGCCAGGGCUCCGCGACUUGACCAAGCAGUUGCUGGCCAUUGAAAUGCCUGCGGUGCACGACAGUUACCUCGAUGCCAAGACCACCAUGAUGGCUGCCACGUACACACUGACUCACCCAUGCGGAGAGAUUCUGUACUACGACGGACCGCGGACGGACGCCGUCGCCGAAGCGGCUGUCCCAGCGAUUCCAGUGGUCAAAACCACGAGUCAGCCCAUCGUCAAGCCAGAAACGGAAGAUUCUGACGAAGCCAGCACGCACUGGCUCGUGCACAAGAUCCCCAAGGGACUGUACAACUCGGACCUGGAACAGUUUGCCAUCUCACACACCGCCGUGGUGCCGACGAUGGUAGAGAACAUUGUGUUCAAAGACAUGUGGGGCUCGUGCUCGGUGCACUUUCGAUCGUCCGGACAUGCCAAACUCGCGUUUCGCACCCUCGUGGGCAAAGAGUCGGAGGAUCCGCUGCAGCGCCCCGUGAAAACCAUGAACAUCCACGACGCCAAGGGCAAAAAGUUCUCCAACAUCAAGAUCGUCCAAGUGACCCAACGUGUGGGCAAGUCAAAGAAGUAACGAAUCAUUGCAUCUAUCUCCUCCAGGUCGUCGCCAUUUCUUGGAGGGUGGUCGUAAUCAGUAACGUUAUGUUAGCUAGUAUUGCCGAUAGCCACAUCAUUUAAAGCGCGAAAUGUGUAGCUAACGUUACUGUGUUGAGUAUGUACUGAGAGGGAAUCCAUCCCUACAACAGGC